AUGCGAGCACUGGCUGUGGUGGUGCGUCAAAAGCAGCUCUUCGACUGCUGGGAGGCCUACUUUACGGGCCUCGCGUGGCGUGUUAAUACUACAUCGAGAAGGGAUGCUCCUGCAUUAAGUGAUGGCGCGGGCGGUGUCACAACAAAGGGAAGCUGGUUUAGCAGGGACACACAAGGCGACUCCUGCAUCACCAAGACCACUGCGAGCGUGUGCAAGCAGGCAGGUCAUAAAAUCCGCGUCGAGCGUGAGGCCUUGUUCCUCAGCCGCCUUCAUUCGUAG